ACUUCUUGCUGUUCCAAAGUUAUGGUGAGGAAUUAGGCAACCUCUCCUCCCUAUUCCCUCUGUCCUAAGUAGCAGGUAGAUACUCUCGUGAACCCAUUGUGGAACUCAAGGCCUAGGCGCCCACUAAUUUCCGUCCCGAGUUUUAUGUCUGUCGAUGGAUGCUGGAUGUGUGGGUGUUUUGUUUCACGGUGUCGAGAUCUCAUCCCACCCAGACAGAUCCUAUCGUUCGAACCGGUCCGGUCAGGCGUGCUAGCGAUGCUCGACUUACUUGUCACUGUCACCUGUCACUCUCAAUUCCAAACCUGUUUCCAUGUCCGUUUCCGUUUCCAUUGUGGUUCCGAUCUCUUCCUAACCACAAUACAUUAUUCCACACCACAAAACCCAUCUUCCGUUUCCUAGAAAUGGGAACCUUGGAGAGCCAUUGGAACUUCCUCGAGCAACUUCACAGAGAUGUGAAAGAAUUACUGAAUAAAUUGUUCAUUCAUAGAUUUCCCCUGCCGAGCCGCAGUAGUGAGAGUGUUAAGGAAAUGCGUAUGAUAUGAUUCUCGCUCGUUGCGAUCUUGCCAACAGCCCCAGAAAACACACGCGCACCCACACAUACACAGCACAGAAGUAUCACGUUAACACUGCCUACCACCCUAUCAGGAGGAGGAGUGACAGAGGUGACUAUCGUUAGGGAGAGUUGCGAAACGAAGGAUGUUGAGGAUGCCAGA